CCUUGCGGAGAGAGCGCAACAAACAUGGCGACAGAGCGGAGCGGACAGGGGUGUCUUCUAACUUUCAUCGUGUUCCUCUGGAGCUCUGUCGGCGGGCGGACGGAGACGGCGAGCCCCGGCUCCAGCUUUCAGAUCCUGGGCAUGCGGCUGGAGAGGAGCGACAAAGCGGCCAGCACGACGGAGGACGGGCUCAUCCAGGUAACGGAGGAGAGCAGCGUCCUCCUCAGGUUUUAUGGUGUGCACCUGAGCCCAGACGCAGCAUCCCACAUCAGGUUCACAGAGGACAGCGAUGCGUUAAACAGGACUUGUGAGGAUUUCACCAAAGAUUUGAGCAUCAGCACCUUCAUGAACGUGAGCAACAGAGGGACGUCAGGUCUGGUGAGUGUGUAUGUGAAGCCACUGCGUAAGAGUGAACGAGAAAAGACCUACAGCCUAUGUGUCAGGCAGGGUUUAGGAGACAAAUGGGUCCACCUGGGUGAAAAUGAUGGUAGAUUGUUAGUCGUAGAGGAGAAAGAAUCUCUUCUACCGCUUUGGCUCCAAAUCAUCCUGGUUUCAGGCUUGCUGGUGUUGUCUGGCAUGUUCAGUGGGCUCAACCUGGGGCUCAUGGCAUUGGAUCCAAUGGAGCUUCGCAUUGUACAAAGCUGUGGAACUAAUAAGGAAAAGAAAUAUGCACGCAAAAUUGAACCCAUUCGAAGAAAGGGCAACUAUCUGCUUUGCUCUUUAUUGUUGGGUAACGUGCUGGUCAACACAACUUUGACGAUCCUGUUAGAUGAUUUGAUUGGGUCGGGGUUGGGAGCCGUGGUGGCAUCUACUGUUGGCAUUGUCAUAUUUGGUGAAAUCUUGCCACAAGCUCUUUGCUCACGCCACGGUUUGGCCGUAGGCGCCAACACUAUCAUGUUAACCAAAUUUUUCAUGCUCCUGACCUUCCCCUUGUCGUUCCCCGUCAGUAAGCUUUUGGACUACAUUCUUGGGCAGGAAAUUGGCACCGUCUACAACCGCGAGAAGCUGGUGGAGAUGCUGAAGGUCACCGAACCCUACAACGAUCUGGUCAAGGAAGAGCUGAACAUCAUUCAAGGUGCUCUAGAACUCAGAACCAAGACGGUUGAGGAUGUGAUGACCCCGCUGAGCAACUGCUUCUUGAUUCACACCGACGCCGUGUUGGACUUCAACACCAUGUCUGAGAUCAUGGAAAGCGGCUACACGCGGAUUCCCGUGUAUGACACCGAACGCUCCAACAUUGUGGACAUCCUGUACGUCAAAGACCUGGCCUUCGUCGACCCCGACGACUGCACCACGCUUAAAACGGUCACCAAGUUCUACAACCACCCGGUGCAUUUCGUCUUCCACGACACUAAGCUGGAUGCCAUGCUGGAGGAGUUUAAGAAAGGUAAAUCCCACCUGGCCAUCGUUCAAAAGGUGAAUAAUGAGGGCGAAGGAGAUCCGUUCUACGAGGUUCUGGGUCUGGUCACGCUGGAGGACGUCAUCGAGGAGAUCAUCAAAUCUGAGAUCCUGGACGAGUCUGAUCUCUAUACUGACAAUCGUAACAGAAAGAAAGUGGAUCCCGACAAAAACAAGAGGGACUUUUCUGCUUUCAAACAUGAGAGGGAAUCCAAGGUCAAGAUAUCGCCUCAACUAAUGCUGGCAGCGCAUCGUUUCCUCGCUACUGAGGUGAGCCUUUUCAGUCCGAUCCAGAUUUCAGACAAGGUCUUACUGCGAAUCCUCAAGCACCCGGAUGUCAUUCAGGAGAUCAAGUUCAACGAGAACGACAAGCGCUCGCAACAGCACUAUUUAUAUCAGCGCGGAAAACCUGUCGACUUUUUCGUCCUUAUCCUUCAGGGUCGGGUGGAAGUUGAGGCUGGAAAUGAGAAUAUGAAGUUUGAGACGGGUCCUUUCUCUUAUUAUGGAGUUAUGGCACUGACUGCACCAUGCCUGGCUGUCACCCCCCCUCUCUCUCCUUCAAUGGUGUCGCCUCGUCCGCGCCGCCUUUCGCUUAAGAGGUUUUCUCUGUUCUCGCGUUUCCCAGAGUUUCGCUCCCCGUCUCACGUGAGUGGUCUGAACCGCUCGGCGUCUCUGAGCUGCACAGAGAGAGUCGACUCGGUGUCCGUCAGCGGCAGCAGCGAUCAGCUCAAUACCAGCCCCUCGGCGCAGUACGUCCCUGAUUUUAAUGUGCGGGCCCUCACUGACCUGCAGUAUGUGAAGGUCACUCGUUCGCAGUACCAAAACGGCCUCCUGGCUUCAAAACUGGACAGCACGCCCCAGUCCCCAGAGAGCAGCCAUAUCCGCCUGGAUCCUGGCCCUGUUCCGCCCCUGACCCCUCCCAUGUCCACCACCGCGAACCACACCACAGCGCCACCGGCACCCAGAGAGAACGGGCCGGACGAGACCACCUCGCUGCUCAACGACAACAACAGCCUGUCCAAACACCACAUCCACCUUCAGAACCAGUCGCACCUGAACACCAAUGCCAACUCCAACAGCAGCCUGACGGCGCUCCCCAACCCUCAGUCGCAUCGCACACACACCUUCACGCACGCACACACCGAGAGCACCAUUUGACCACACUGAUCUGGGCCUCCGAGAGCUCCAGAGCUGACCACACGCACAAAUAUACUGAUCGAUGCAGAGGACAAAGGUCGUCUACAGCAUUGGACGUGAUCUCACUGUGAUUCUAGGGGCUGCGGGUUCGGCCUGACGUCGAGUGUGUCGUCAUGCAGACUGUUGGGUGACUGCUAUUGCAUGCUGAUCCUGUAGAUACUCUCUCAAAGCUUUCGGCAUACAAGUGUGUUCGGUAUGCCUUAAAUACCAUUUAAAGGCAUUAUACAACACUUCAACAGUAUCUAACAGAAUUAUUGUACGAUAUGCACUUUUUAUAAUGUCUCUGACCCAGCUGCAAGCAUCUGCGUGCUGUUUUCCUGAGAUUUUGAGCAUAAGAGCACUUUGAGUCUCAUAAGCUAUUGUUGGACUGAACUAUCGUUUAGCACAUGUUCUGGUCUAGUUUUCCUGCUGUGUAGUGCUGUAUGAUUUUGACAGUUUUCUUUCGAAGUCGAAAGCAUCAAGACAAGGUGAUUUGGUAAGUGUGGCUACGUGAUGUAGCUGUAUGUGACGCAAUCAUAGCUCUACGUGACAAACAUGAAGGGAAACUCUGUAAAUAUAGUUUGGAGACGUGAAAUUGGCUGACGCAGAAAGGGUUUGGAGAACCAGACGUGGCCAGUUAGUGCUCAAAACUGAGACAUUUGUAGCAACAAAAAAAAAAAGGCAUUGAGCAUUGACCACUGCAAAUCCAAAUCUGUGAUAUAGGAUUCAAAAGCUUAUAUAAUAAUUUAUUCAUAUAUUUAUUUUUUUUUGUCUAAAGUAGUAUAUAUGUAUGUUUGAUUAAUAUUUUGUAUUUUAUUUUUAUUUUUUGACAAUUCUAAUUCAUCCCCAUGGAUGAAUCUCACAAAAAUAUUAGUUAUAUUUCACAACAAAAUAUUAAAUUUUAAAAAAUAAAUCCUGUUUAUAACAUUAAGAAUUUUUGCAUCAUAUUAUGCAUUAUUUUAAUGAGAUUAAGCUUGUUUUCUUCACAAAUUUUCAUUUAUAAUUCUCAUGAUCUUCAGUAGACAUGUAUUACUGUACUACAAUUAUUUGUUCAUUUUAAUGAUUAAAAAAGGUUUCAAAUCCAUACAAAUGCACUAAUAUAUCGCAAUUAUAUAUAUAAAAAAAAAUCACUUUAUACUAAUGAAAAUUAUAAAUAUCACAAUGCAUAAAAUCUUAAUGGUCCUAAUUACAUAUUGAUUUUCAUUUUGAUUUUGAGGUGAAAUAUGACCUGAGGUUUUGUAAGAUUCACCCAGUUCUUGAUCUCAAAGGCUA